CGCAUCAGUCUGUUCAUCUCCUGCAAACACUGUCGAGGAUCUCAGGUGCGCAAUCACAAAAAGACAAAAGAAUGAAUCGGUGCCAAGAACCGGGUCCUGCUGAAGAGCUGGAGGAGGUGACCGAGCUGGUUUGUCAGGAGACUGACCUGAAAGACCAAGAGAUGAAAGAAGUAUCUGUGGGGGAACAGAAGGUCUUACUUGUCCGUAUCCAGGGUCAGUACAGCGCAGUUGGAAGCAGGUGCUCUCAUUACAGUGCUCCUCUGAUUAAAGGAAAACUGGUUGGUGACAAAGUAAGAUGCCCCUUUCAUGGCGCUUGCUUCAAUGUCAGAACUGGAGAUAUUGAGGAGUAUCCAGGACUGGACUCUCUGCCGAGCUAUAAGGUCAAAGUUCAGGAUGGCAAAGUGUAUGUUUCCAUCGACAAAAAGACUCUGAAGCUGACCAAACGGGUGAAGGAGAUGUGCAGCUUGGUACCAGACAUCAAACAUACAGUGUUGCUCAUAGGAGGGGGCCCUGCCUCUCUGGUUUGUGCUGAAACGCUGAGACAGAACUGCUACCAGGGUCGAAUCAUUAUAGUAACCAAAGACGCCUUGACUCCAUUUGACAAGCCCAAACUGAGCAAGGCUAUGAAUGUGGACAGCAGCAGCAUCCUCCUCCGGUCAAGUGACUUUUUGCAACAACAUGGGAUAGAAGUGUGGACGCAGAAAGAGGUGGUGUCAGUAAACGUACCUGAGAAGACAGUGAAGAUGAGUGACGGCAGCCAGCAGCAUUAUGACCAGCUCCUCAUCUCAACGGGCUGUCGAGCGAGGCCGCUCGACUGUCCUGGUAAUGACCUGAUGGGAGUGAAGUUACUGGAGAGUUAUGCUGAUUCCAAAGAGAUUCACAGCUCCUGCCUUGACUGUAAGGCUGUCGUCAUUGGAGCCUCCUUCAUAGGCAUGGAAGUGGCAUCCUACUUAUCAGACAAAGCUUCCAGUGUGGCUGUUGUUGGCACUGGCACAUACCCGUUUGAGCGGUCUCUGGGCCCACAGAUCGGCAAGAUGACUAUGCAAAUGUUGGAGGAACAUAAUGUAAAGUUCUACAUGAACGACAGAGUCACAGAGAUCAGAGGGGAGAAUGGCAAGGUAAAGGAGGUGGUGCUGAAGAGUGGUAUAGUCUUGGAAGCUGAUGUGGUGAUUGCAGGAAUUGGUGUGAUCCCCAAUUCAGACUUCUUGGCAGGAAGUGAAGUGGAAGUGGACUCUAGGAAAGCUGUAGUUGUAGACAAGUUCAUGAGGACCAAUAUACCAGAUGUUUUUAGCGCUGGAGACGUUGCUUCCUUCCCUCUGACCAUUCGUGGAGACCAAAGGGUGAACAUUGGUCACUGGCAAAUGUCACAUGCCCAUGGAAAAGUAGCUGCCCUGAAUAUGCUGAAGAAACCAACCAAAAUUGACUCGGUUCCUUUCUUCUGGACUGUGUUGCUUGGGAAGAGUAUCAGAUACACAGGCUAUGGGGAAGGCUACACAGAAAUCAUAUUCAAAGGCCAAGUGGAAGAGAGGAAGUUCCUGGCUUUUUAUAUUAAAGAUGAGGUGGUGGUAGCUGCCGCCAGCUUGAUGUUUGACCCUGCUGUGGCUCACCUGGCAGAACUGAUGGCAACAGGACAUCGCAUAACAAAAGCACAGGCUCAAGCUGAUGACCUGAGCUGGCUGCAGGUGUAACUAGAUGUCUGCUGUAUCCCGGAGUAACACCUCUCUUUUUCUGGC